AUGAAUAACAGAGUUGAACCUGAUGAAUCUAUUGAAGUUAACUCUAAUACAACACGAUUCCGAAGAUUAUAUAAACAUUUUCAAAAGCGAAAAUUAAUUUGGAUAAUAUUUUUCAUUAUUUUAAUUGUUAUAAUUAUAGUUAUUUCAACAAUUACUGCUACAAUGAACAAAACGAAGAGGGAAAUACCAUCAACAACAACAAUAGAGAUAACAUUAUCAACAACAAGUGCAUUGUUGACAACAACAACAAGUGAAUUGUUGACAACAACAACAACAACAACAACAACAACAACAACAACAACAACAACAACAACAACAAGGGAAUUGUUGACAACAACAACGACAAGUGAACAACUACUUUCUUCUCUUGUCAUUAACAAGAGUAUGAAAUGGAAACAGAAUGCAUUUACUGUUGCUGGAGGGAAUGGACAGGGAAGUGAAUUAAAUCAAUUAUCUACUCCGUAUGGUAUUUAUGUUGAUAAUGAUGAUCAAAGUAUUUAUAUUGCUGACACUUUCAACCAUCGUAUUGUUAAAUGGGAAUUUGGUGCAAACAAUGGUGAAAUCGUUGCAGGUGGAAAUGGAGAGGGAAAUGAAAUAGAUCAAUUGUCUUGUCCAACAGAUGUAGUUCUUGAUAAAGAGAAAAAAUAUCUCAUCAUUUGUGAUCAGGCUAAUCAACGAGUGAUACGAUGGUCUCGUCAAAAUAGUCAGGAUCAACAAAUAUUAAUAGAUGAUACUUAUUGCUACGGUUUAGCAAUGGAUAAUAAUGGAGAUCUUUAUAUGUCUGACUCUGUAAAAGAUGAAGUCAGACGUUUUCAACAAGGAGAUAAAGAAGGUACAGCUGUAGCGGGCGGAAAUAAUUAUGAAGAUCGGCUUAAUCAACUCAAUGUACCUAGGCAUAUCUUCGUCGAUGACUAUCAUUCAGUUUACGUAGCCGAUUUUAUGAAUAAUCGUGUGAUGAAAUGGGUGGAGAAUGCGACCGAAGGUAUUCUUGUUGCUCCAGGACAUGUUUCUAACGAAAAUCCCAGUUUAAUGUCUGGACCCACAGGUGUGAUUGUUGAUGAUAUGGGUAAUAUUUAUGUGUUGACGGAUGAAAAUCAUCAAAUAAUGCGUUGGUCACCAGGUGCAACAGAAGGUGUUCCUGUCGUUGGUGAAAGAGAAUCGGGAUGGAGCCCAACGCAGCUCUCAUGGCCAUUUGAUUUAUCAUUUGAUCAACAGGGUAAUCUUUAUGUUGUUGAUGCAGCCAACCAUCGAAUACAAAAAUUCGAUAUUGAUCUUGACUGA